AUUAGGGCGAUAUAUUUUGACUUUUAUUUUGACACAUUGAGAAAGAAUACAAACUUUUACUUUGAUACAAUUUCCUGUAACUUCCUUACCACUUCCUGCCUUGUCAUCAGUUACUUCCUACUCAGUUCCUAUCUGUUGGAAACAGUUAAUACUUAAGAAUUCCUGACCGUGAAAGAUGCUAGAAGCAAAGUCUUUUCACUCUGCCAUGUAAUGCUGGAAUCUUCAGUAAACAACAGUGAAAUGUUAACUACGACACAGACUCCUGGUUAUUGCAUCAGAGUUUAACUUGUUGGAUAGCUUCAGUUGUUACACUGCAGUGAAGACAACACAGUGAAAAGACUGAGAAGUUAGCAUUGAAUAACGAGUCAAGAUGGAAACUACAUCUAAUAAAUCAAGAAAAAGUGGAAGCAGCUUUCAUUCAUCUGCCUCAUCAACCAAUGCUUUACUUCGUGCACGAGCAAAAGCAGCAGCUACUAAAGUGCGUGCCGAAUAUGCUGAGCAAGAAGCCAAAGCUAGGAUAGAAAAAGUGAAAAAAGAGACUGAGGCUGAAACACUAGCCAUCUGCCGUGAAGCAGCAGAAGCUGAAGCCGUAGCAGCUGUCUGGGAAUCAGCAGUUUCAGGAAGCAACAAUUAUAUUGUGCUGGAUGAAACAAAUUCAACAGAACAAAGCAAACUUGAACGGACAAGUGAAUACAUCCAAACUCACUUCCAUUCCACUAACUCCGUCCAACAAACAGCCAUGAAGGCUAGUUCGCCACCAACUCAACCAAUUACCUAUGCCACUCUCAGUUAUAGCCCGAACAACCCCUUUGUUUCACGCCAUCAGCCGCCUGUUUUUUCAUACGACAGCACAAACAAUGUGGAUUUUACAGACUAUGACUUAGACUAUGCGCCACCAGCAGCCAAAGAGUCAGUCAGCCAGAAUCCAUUUACCCGAGAAGGUCCGCGGGUUAUUCCCAAGACUCUUACCUCGCAGAUCAGUGACUUGAAUAUUGGAGCUCCAUCCUUCAACCCCCAGCCAACAAAUACUCAAAGUAUGCCUGCAACUGAACACCUGGCACAAUAUUUAGCUCGGCGUGACCUAGUGAAUACAAGUUUGUACGAGUUUGAUGAUAAACCUGAAAAUUAUCGUGCUUGGCUGUCAUCAUACAAAAAUGCCACUCAAGGACUUGGUCUCACAGCCACUGAGGAAUUGGACUUGAUGACGCGAUGGCUUGGAAAAGAGUCCAGCAACCAGGUGAAACGUCUCCGUGCAGUGCACAUAGCAAGUCCACAAAUAGCACUGGGGAAAGCUUGGGAACGUCUUCAGGAGUGUUAUGCAGCCCCAGAGGUGAUUGAAAAGGCCCUCUUUACCCGACUGGAUGCAUUUCCCAGAGUCUCAGCCAAGGAAAAUCUGAAGCUACGAGAGCUAGCUGACCUGCUUAUGGAAGUGCAGUGUGCUAAAGAAGAUGGCUACUUACCAGGCCUGUCUUACCUGGACACGACACGCGGAAUUGAACCCAUAGUGACCAAGCUGCCUUAUGGACUCCAGGAAAAAUGGAUCUCGGCCGGUUCUAAGUAUAAAGAAGCAAAUGGAGGACGGUUCCCACCGUUUGAUUACUUCACGAAACUCAUAUGCUAUGAGGCCAAGAAGAGAAAUGACCCUAGCUUUGCCUUUUUAAAUACCACCACAAUGUCAUCUGUCAGAGCUGAAGGUGCCUUUCCUAAAACCUUCAAGAAACCCAUUGCAGUUCACAAGAUCAAUGUCACUCCCACAGAGUCAAAUGUCUCUAGUGAUCCGAGUAAGAUCUGCCCAAUACAUGCAAAACCCCACCCACUGAAGAAGUGCAAAGCCUUCAGAGCCGAAACUCUUGAUGACAGAAAGGUAUUUCUGAAAGAAAACGGAAUCUGCUUUAAGUGCUGUAGCUCAACCAACCAUAUGGCAAAGGACUGCACUACAAUUGUUAAGUGUUUUGAGUGUGACAGCACCCGACAUAUCUCAGCUAUGCACCCAGGACCAGCACCGCACCUCACGACUCCUCUGACCUCGCCACAGCAUGGCGGGGAGGGAGAAGAGGUAAACGACACCAGUGAGGUUAGCGCAAGCUGCACAGCAGUAUGUGGUACAGGACAAGUCGGACGGUCAUGCUCCAAGAUAUGCCUGGCAAGAGUGUACCAGAAAGACCACCCAGAGGAAGCCAUCAAGGCCUACGUCGUGUUAGACGACCAAAGCAACCGAUCGUUGGCCAAGUCCAGUUUCUUUGACAAGUUUGACAUCCACACUAAGCCAUAUCCUUACCAACUGAAAACAUGUUCUGGUAUAGUAGACACUUUCGGCAGAAGGGCAUCAGAUUUUAUCGUGGAGUCCCUCAAUGGAAAAGUUAGGAUUCCCUUACCACCACUCACUGAGUGUAAUGACUUACCUGAUAAUCGGUCUGAAAUUCCCACACCAAAUGCCGCUCUGCAUCAGCCUCACCUGUCAAAGGUAGCAGAACACAUCCCAAAGCUGGACCCCACUGCUGAAAUCCUCCUGCUGCUAGGGAGAGACGCAAUCAGAGCACACAAAGUAAGGGAACAAAUAAAUGGCCCCGCCAAUGCACCCUUCGCACAACGCCUUGACUUAGGCUGGGUGCUGGUCGGAGAAGUCUGUCUAGGGAGCACACACAAGCCGAACGUCAGUUCCUUCCGGACGGCCAUGGUCGACUGUCAUCGGCCCUCACUCUUCCAGCCAUGCACAAGCCUUUUGCACAUUAAAGAGGAACUUCACGACAGACUGCCAGGAAACAGUGCCUUACCACCCAGAGCUAAGGAACACAGUCUGGGUCAAAAUGUGUUUGACUGCACGGAACAGGACAAUAAGCUAGCACCUUCAAUCGAAGAUGAAACUUUCCUCAAAAUGAUGGACAAAGACGUCUACAGAAACGAUUCACACAGCUGGGUUGCUCCAUUGCCGUUCAGACUACCUAGGCAACAGCUUCCCAACAACCGCGAGCAAGCACUCAAGCGGUUUGGCUCACUCCAACGCCAAUUCAAAAGAAAGCCAGAAAUGCAACAGCAAUACGUGGAAUUUAUGGGUAAACUGCUGAAAAACAACCAUGCUGAGGUGGCACCAGAGCUAAGAGAAGAAGAGUGCUGGUAUUUACCAAGCUUUGCCGUGUAUCACCCACAGAAACCCGAUCAAAUCAGGGUAGUGUUUGAUUCAAGUGCCCAACAGUCUGGGAUCUCCUUGAAUAACGUGCUCUUGACUGGACCGGAUCUGAACAACACCCUUCUAGGAGUGCUCAUGCGGUUCCGAAAGGACAAGGUCGCUGUGAUGGCAGACAUUCAACAAAUGUUUUACUGCUUCCUUGUGGACGAAAAGCACAGAAACUACCUGCGAUUCUUAUGGUUCAAGGACAACAACGUAGCCAACGAGGUCAUUGACUACAGAAUGAAAGUUCAUGUUUUCGGGAACAGCCCAUCUCCUGCAGUGUCGAUCUAUGGGCUCAGAAGAGCCAUCAGAGAUGGCGCAGAAAAAUAUGGAACAGACACAGUCAACUUCGUCGAACGGCACUUUUAUGUUGAUGACGGCCUCUGUUCUGUCCCAACCGAUGCAGAGGCUAUUGGGCUGCUUCAUAGGACUCAAGCCUCACUUGCUGAGUCUAACUUGAGGCUCCACAAAUUUGUCUCAAACAGUCAGGCUGUCUUGGAAGCCUUCCCAAGUGAGGACUGCGUACAAGCCAAAAGGGAUGUAGACCUCAGUGGAGAUGAGUCACCCACCCAACGCAGCUUGGGGCUCCUGUGGGAAAUAGCAAGUGACACAUUCACCUUCUCUGUGUCAACCGACACCAAACCAUUCACCCGUCGAGGGGUUCUUUCAAUGGUGAACAGUGUCUUCGACCCUUUAGGGUUUCUGGCUCCUGUUACGAUCCAAGGCAGGGGCCUUCUCAGAGAGUUGAAUUCUGAGACAUCGGAGUGGGACACCCCAUUGCCUGAAGAUAAGUUAGGCAAGUGGGAAGCUUGGAGAAACUCGCUUCAAGACUUGAGGCACUUUCAUAUACCUAGGAUGUACACAGGCAUCUGCCCAGCCAAGGCUGAGCGAGUAGAACUCCACGUCUUUAGCGAUGCAUCUGUGAAGGCCAUUGGUGCCGUAGCCUACCUGAAAGCCAUCCAAGAAGACACAGUAGACGUGGGAUUUGUCAUGGCAAAAGCCAAACUUGCCCCUCAAUCAGACCCGACCAUUCCCAGACUUGAACUGUGUGCAGCAGUCUUAGCAGUGGAAAUAGCUGAGCUGAUUCAGGAUGAACUGGAUCUAAAGCUGGAUGCCACAAAGUUCUACACUGAUAGCAAAGUUGUCCUUAGAUACAUUUACAACCAGUCCAGACGGUUCUAUGUGUACGUCCAUAAUCGGGUCCAGCGUAUACGCCAGUCUACCAUCCCUGAACAAUGGCACUACGUGAACACCGAAGACAAUCCGGCCGACCUGGCGUCGCGGUCGGUCCCAGCAGCACACCUCACAAAGACAAUGUGGUUCAACGGACCAACCUUCCUGCGCAAGCCCUCUGUUCAGCCAGACCCUGCCUCAGUCAUACCUCAGUCAUUCAGCAUAGUCUCACCAGAGUCAGAUGCAGAGGUCCGUCCAGCGGUGAAGAGCUACAUUACUGAUCUACAAGGGAAAGUUCUCAGCACAGAGCGCUUUGAAAGGUUCUCCACAUUCGACACUCUCCAACGAGCCAUCGCACUCCUUAUUCAUAUAGGGAGAUCCUUCAGCACUCCGACAGGCAAGUGCAAGGGAUGGCAUCACUGUGACUUACCUCGUUCAGUGGAUGAGCUUUCCCAAGCAAGAGAAGUCAUCAUCAGAGCUGUUCAGAGGAAUACCUUUGUGAAGGAAUUUGAAGCUCUGGAGAGAGGAAAGCAAGUUCCGUUAAGCAGCUGCCUACGCUCUCUCAACCCAGUCUUACAGGAUGACCUCCUCUGCCUUGGAGGCAGACUGAAGAAUGCAGAUGUGUCCAUUGAACAAAAGAACCCUGUCAUUCUCCCAAAAGAACACCAUGUGUCCUUGCUUCUCACCAGAUACCACCAUGCCCAAGUAAAGCAUCAGGGUCGCCAGUUAACAGAAGGUGCUGUACGAGCUGCUGGGCUCUGGAUCCUGGGAGGCAAGCGGCUCGUUAACUCAACUAUUCACAAGUGCAUCACCUGUCGCAGACUUAGAGGACGGAUGCAGGAACAAAAAAUGGCAGAUUUGCCCACAGAACGCCUUACAACCUGCCCUCCCUUCACGUAUGUGGGACUGGAUGUCUUCGGACCCUGGCACGUCUCCACCAGACGCACCAGAGGGACACAACCUCAGAGCAAGUGCUGGGCCAUACUAUUCUGCUGCAUGAGCUCCAGGGCAGUUCACAUCGAGGUGAUUACCUCAAUGGACACCUCAAGCUGCAUAAACGCAUUGAGGCGUUUCUUUGCCAUAAGAGGACCAGCCAAACAACUGAGGUCAGACUGCGGCACAAAUUUCAUUGGGGCUUGCAAAGAACUUGGGCUGAGUGCAGAUCAACCAGACAGCACAGUGCAGAGGUAUCUGCAACAUCAAGGAUGCUCCUGGGUGUUUAACCCGCCUCAUGCCUCACACAUGGGGGGUUCAUGGGAGCGCCUCAUUGGGUUAGCCCGAAGAAUCCUGGAUUCGACGCUCCGCGAACACAGCACUCGCCUAACUCAUGAUGUUCUGUGCACACUAAUGGCAGAAGUGACAGCAAUUCUGAACGCAAGACCACUAGUUCCAGUAUCGAAUGAUCCCGAGAAUCCAUUCAUCCUCACACCAUCGAUGCUGUUAACGCAGAAAGUGGGCGUCCCACCACCUCCAGGUGACUUCACAGGCAGAGACCUCCUCACGAAGCAGUGGAGACAAGUACAAGCAUUAUCCAACUUGUUCUGGAACCGUUGGAGACAAGUGUACCUGUCAACCUUACAAAGCCGCAAGAAAUGGACAAGGUCCCACCAGAACCUGCAAGACGGUGACAUCGUCCUCCUCAAAGACAACCAAGCUGCCCGCAACAACUGGCCUUUGGCAGUGGUCACAAAGGCUAUUCCAGGAACAGAUGGAAGAGUCCGUAAGGUGGAACUAAAGACAGCAAACCAAGGCCAACCAAAGACUUACCUUAGACCAGUGACGGAAACGGUUUUGCUUCUUCAUAAGAACUGAUGUUUCAGUUGUAGAUCUUAGUUGAAUGUAAUGUUCAUGCUAGUAUAGUGACCUCACAGUGGUCACAGCGGGGAGUGUGUCGCCAUUAGGGCGAUAUAUUUUGACUUUUAUUUUGACACAUUGAGAAAGAAUACAAACUUUUACUUUGAUACAAUUUCCUGUAACUUCCUUACCACUUCCUGCCUUGUCAUCAGUUACUUCCUACUCAGUUCCUAUCUGUUGGAAACAGUUAAUACUUAAGAAUUCCUGACCGUGAAAGAUGCUAGAAGCAAAGUCGUAAGUAAAACUCAUUGUUAAGUUAAAUAAUUGAUAGAUUAAGUUAAGUUUAAAGUUGAAAGAGAAGGUAAUAAUAGUCUUAAAAGAUCGUUUUUAUUUACAUGUAUUUACAAGGAUAUUUCAUAAGACUUCAUGUGAAGCUGAACUUUAUGUUAAAAAAUGUCAAACUUUGUUUUGUUGCAGUUUUCACUCUGCCAUGUAAUGCUGGAAUCUUCAGUAAACAACAGUGAAAUGUUAA